AUUUGUCUCACCUUUAUAAAUUUAUAAUCUCUCUGGAUUUGCUCGAGGUCUUCUCUCCUUGAAGCCACACCGAAGAUUUUCAGCUUCUCAUAUGCAUCGUAGUAGCACAGAAAGGCUGGGAUAGUUUCCCUGCAUUGGUUGCCCGCUUGAUUGUUUCCAGUGACUUCCAGUCUCCUCUUUGAUGCUCUGCUGAUGGUAGUUUAUUUCCAGCCUUUGUUUCUGAAGUCGUAGCCUGAAGAACUGAGCUGAAUGGCGUACAUGGGAGUCUCCACGCUCGGCAUUCUAUUACUUCUUAGCUGCAUAUCUGCUGGGAAAGCAGACCGAUUGAGGUACAAGGAUCGAAAUGAGCCAGUGGACGUAAGGAUCGAAGACUUGCUGAGCCGAAUGACGCUUGCAGAGAAGAUCGGGCAAAUGACACAAAUUGAUCGCUCAGUUGCAUCUCCAGAUGUGAUAAAAAACUACUUCAUUGGAAGUAUAUUGAGUGGAGGAGAAAGUGUGCCUCGUCCUCGAGCUUCUGCACAAGAUUGGGUUGAUAUGGUUAAUGGUUUUCAGAAGGAAGCAUUAUCUACUCGUCUGCAAAUCCCAAUGAUUUAUGGUAUUGAUGCUGUUCAUGGUCAUAACAAUGUCUUCAAUGCAACCAUAUUUCCUCAUAAUGUUGGCCUCGGUGCCACCAGGGACCCAGACCUUGUGAAGAGGAUUGGUAUGGCCACAGCACUAGAAGUUAGAGCCACUGGCAUUCCUUAUGUUUUUGCACCCUGCGUUGCGGUAUGUAGGGAUCCGCGUUGGGGUCGGUGCUAUGAGAGUUACAGUGAAGAUCCCAAGGUUGUCAAAAUGAUGACUGAAAUCAUUCCUGGUUUGCAAGGCUCAAAACCAAGGAAUGGUCUUCCCUUUGUUGCUGGAAAUAAAGGUGUAGCAGCUUGUGCCAAGCACUAUGUGGGCGAUGGUGGGACGCAUGAAGGAAAAAAUGAGGACAACACCAUUAUCAGUCGCUAUGAAUUGCUUAAGAUUCACAUGGCUCCCUACUAUAAUGCCAUUAGGAAAGGUGUUGCAACUGUCAUGGUCUCUUUCUCCAGUGUGAACGGAAUAAAAAUGCAUGCAGACUAUGAUUUGGUCACUCGCUACCUCAAAGGAGCACUGAGGUUUAAGGGCUUUGUUAUUUCAGAUUGGCAAGGUAUUGACAAGCUGACAGACCCAGCUGGUUCAAACUAUUCACAUUCUGUGUAUGCUGGUGUGCAAGCAGGGAUUGACAUGGUCAUGGUUCCAUACAACCACAAGGACUUCAUUGAUGAUCUGACGAACCAAGUUCAAUCUAAUGUGAUUCAAAUGAGCCGCAUUGAUGACGCCGUCCGCAGGAUCCUACGAGUUAAGUUCGUGAUGGGCCUUUUUGAGAAUCCAUAUGCUGAUUACAGUUUGCUUGACCAACUUGGCAGUCAGGGCCAUAGAGAACUAGGCAGGGAAGCUGUGAGGAAAUCGCUUGUAUUACUCAAGAAUGGGAAGUCUGGCAAGAAGAGGAUGUUGCCACUUGACAGGAAUGCCCCCAGGAUUCUUGUUGCUGGAACACAUGCUGAUAAUUUGGGGUACCAAUGUGGUGGUUGGACAAUUGAAUGGCAAGGCGUAAGUGGAAACAACUUUACUGCAGGCACUACUAUUCUGGGUGCUAUUGUAACGACAGUAAGCCCAAAUACCAAUGUCGUCUACGAAGAGAAUCCAGAUGCUGAUUUUGUUAGGAACAGUGGAUUCUCUUACGCCAUUGUGGUAGUUGGUGAAACUCCUUAUGCCGAAACUGCUGGUGACAACAUGAAUUUAACGAUUCCAAGUCCUGGGCCUUCCAUAGUCCAAAACGUGUGCAGCUCAGUCAAGUGUGUUGUGAUCGUUAUUUCAGGCAGGCCUGUGGUUAUUGAGCCAUAUGUUUCCCAGAUUGAUGCAUUAGUUGCUGCAUGGUUGCCUGGAACUGAAGGCCAAGGCGUUGCAGAUGUCCUCUUUGGCGACUAUGGCUUCACAGGGAAGCUCCCAAGAACAUGGUUUAAGAGUGUUGACCAGCUGCCAAUGAACGUCGGUGACAGGCAUUAUGAUGCACUUUUUCCAUUUGGAUAUGGCCUAACAACUUCCUCAGCUUCGGACAGGUUACCGUUAUAUGGCGCUGCCAGAGAGAAGAUUUACCGCGUCGCUUCACUGAUUGCUAUCUGGAUCAUCUUGAAUUUGUUAAGUGUUGGUUGAGGUUCUCUUUCCAUGUUUCUGAUACAUUAAACACAAAAGAUGUG